GCAACAGUGCUGACAAAAGGGGCUGAAGGUAUCAUCGAACUCCCCCGGCGCGCCCGCUACUGAUCCCGUACCGGGGUACAGUCCCCCCACUCCUCUCCCCUGACAAACUUUCCUGAUUAGUUUCUGCUUUCACACCCGGGCUGACUCCUGCACCCUGGUCUCCAAACAGUGACCUCAUUGCCUUGUUCAGCUGGUGAGAAACUACAGUAAAAUGGGAGAGGUAAACAAAGGCGGGGGGAGCUGAUGGCCAGAAGAUUUAGGAGGCAGGAAUCUGCUCCUUGCCGUCCUGCUUCCAUUGUGCGCCUGAGCUUGAGAAAGUGCAAGCUGAGCCUUGGCGAGCUCUUUUCUGUGCUGGUUCCUCUGGAAACUCAGCCCGGCCCUCCAGAUGGUGGCUCAGGACAACCAGCCUGCAAGAUGUACACCCGCUAGUACUAGACCUGCAGCCGUCACCGCUACCAAUCCUGUAGAGUUAACGCUGGAAUUCACACAAGCUCUUCAUUACCAGACCAACCAGCUCGCCAAGAUAAAAAUAUUAAAAAUGGGAGGCUGGGGUGUCACAGAGCUGGUUUGUCUCGGAGCAGUGCAGCCCCAGCGUGCCUGCCCCAGCGAGCCGGGCUGCAGCCGGUGCUCACGCUGCAGAGAGUGCUCGGUACCAUGCCACCAGGCAGCCUUCAACACCCUCCUCUGGGAUGUGUUUCAAAGUGCCACCCCAUUCCUGACCCUGAUGGAUACCCCCAGGUCCCGGCCAGCAGCAGCUCAACUCACAUUUGUCUUCCCAGACACUCAGUAAACACCUUUGUGUCCUUUUUCUUUAGAGGAAGGGGUCUCGCUGAGCUCACCCUGAAAUAUAUCACCCCGGACAAAAGGGCUGAAAGGUUAAGGGGCUCCGGGGGGGUAGCUCAGGAGCGAGCUGGGGGCCAGGCGCCUGCCAGAACCAAGGCUAUAAAGGCAAAGAGGGGGCGAGGGGCUGCAUCCGACACGGAUGCUGCGGGUCCUGCCUCACCUCCUGCAAGCCCUGGGAUAAGAAGAAGAUGACGGGGUUCCAGUUAUGGCCUUGCUCACUUUUCCUCCUCUUAGUUCUGCUCUCUGCCAGCACUCGGGCUGUGUCCUUACCAGGACAGAGGCUACAGAUGCUCCUUUCCCAGUUGCUGCCCCUGGAGCCUGAGGCCACGCUGGCCGAAGAGGACACAAAGGAGGGGUCCAGUUUUGGCCCCCAGUUGAUCUCCUCCACUGUCCCCUUCCUCCCGGCCGGGGCUAGAGCUGCCCGCCCCUCCGUCUGGCGCAAGACCCUUGCCACUCGCAAGCGGGCACUGCCUGGGGACUGGGCCUGGAAGGCCAUGCCCAGGGGCUGCUUCGGGCUCAAACUGGACCGGAUCGGCACCUUCAGUGGUUUGGGGUGUUAGCCUUGGAGGUGAGGGGGCCGGCGGCGAGGGCUGCAGCCAGCGGGCAGGGAAGAUGGGGGGACUUGAGAGCAUGGCCAGCCCGGAGGAGCAGGAGCGAGGGGAUGGGGGCUGUGGGGCCACCACCUGCCCGCAGCCCGGGCAAAGGCUGGGAUGCGGGACCACCUGUGCUACUGGGGCUGUGCUGGGAGUCCAGCUGGUGACACAGGGCUACUGUGCUACCAGGGUUGUGCCAGGGGUCCAGCUGGGGACACAGGACCACCCGAGGUACUGGGGCUGUGCUGGGGGUCCAGCUGGGGUGAAGGCUGGGACAUGGGACCCCCCUGUGCCACUGGGGUUGUCCCAGGGGUCCAGCUGGGACAAAGGCUGGGAUGCAGGACCACCUGUGCUACUGGGGCUGUGCAGGGGUCCAGCUGGGCACACAGGACCACCUGUGCUCCCACGGCUGCACCAGGGGUCCAGGCAGGGUCAUGGGACCACUCAUGCUGCCAGGGUUGUGCCGGCCCCACCUGGGACACGGGACCACCUGCGCCACUGUGGCUGUGCCAGGGGUCCAGCUGGGGACACGGGAGCACCCGUGGUGCGGCGGCGAGGGCAGGCAGGCCGCAUGGCGCCGGGCGGCUCACCAGCGCUGCUGCUGCUUCUCCACAGCCGGCGGAGCCCCGGGACCAGCGUGGGGAGCAGCGCGGCGUGUCCGUGUCCCCUGCGGCCCCUGCCCGAGCAGAGCGGCGGCGGCGGGGAAGCGGCAGAGGAACGUGCAGCGCUACCGGGGGGGGGCUGCCCAGCUUCUCGGCUACCCCUCGCCCACCGGAGCCCCCUCCCUCCUCUCCACGGCUGAGGACUCGCUUGCUAAUUAAAGAGCGCUGUAUGA